CCGUCAGUGGAUAGAAUGAAACGUAGCGCAUUCGGUGAGGUCAUGUUUUCAAGCCGAACAACGGAAUAGAUAUUCUUCAUAAUCAGAAUCUACACCGUGUCUGCUCCAAGCAACUAUAAUAGCAAUUGAACAGAAAAAGAGUCGUUGUGUAAAUCGUUGACGGAGAAGUCCUUCUUGGAUGCCCAGAAAGCAGCACUGCAAUAUCUCACCAUGAACAAGAACAAACGCGAGAAAGAGUUCUACAGCGUGGAGGUGGGCGACUCCACCUUCACAGUUUUGAAGCGCUACCAGAACCUGAGGCCCAUCGGAUCAGGGGCCCAGGGGAUUGUCUGUUCAGCAUAUGACCACAAUCUUGAACGAAAUGUCGCCAUCAAGAAGCUGAGUCGGCCGUUCCAGAAUCAGACCCAUGCCAAGAGGGCAUACAGAGAGCUGGUGCUCAUGAAAUGUGUCAAUCACAAAAACAUUAUCGGUCUCUUAAAUGUAUUCACUCCACAGAAAUCAUUAGAGGACUUUCAAGAUGUGUACUUGGUGAUGGAGCUGAUGGAUGCCAACCUGUGCCAGGUCAUCCAAAUGGAGCUGGACCAUGAGAGGCUGUCCUACCUGCUCUACCAGAUGCUGUGUGGCAUCAAGCACCUCCACGCUGCUGGCAUCAUACACAGGGAUCUGAAGCCCAGUAACAUCGUGGUCAAAUCAGACUGCACCUUGAAGAUUCUGGACUUUGGUUUGGCAAGGACCGCCGCCACGGGCCUCCUCAUGACGCCAUACGUGGUCACGCGCUACUACCGCGCUCCUGAGGUCAUCCUCGGCAUGGGUUACCAAGCCAACGUGGACAUAUGGUCAGUGGGCUGUAUUCUGGCCGAAAUGGUCCGCCAUAAAAUCCUCUUCCCUGGACGGGACUACAUCGACCAGUGGAACAAGGUGAUCGAGCAGCUGGGGACGCCGUCCCAGGAGUUCCUGUUGAAGCUCAACCAGUCCGUCAGGACGUACGUGGAGAACCGGCCACGCUACGCCGGUUACAGCUUUGAGAAGCUCUUCCCCGAUGUCCUGUUCCCCGCCGACUCAGAGCACAAUAAACUGAAAGCGAGCCAGGCAAGGGAUCUGCUGUCAAAAAUGCUGGUGAUUGACGCAUCCAAGCGAAUCUCAGUGGACGAGGCCCUACAGCACCCCUACAUCAACGUGUGGUACGACCCCACCGAAGUGGAGGCGCCUCCUCCCAAGUUCACAGACAAGCAGCUGGAGGAAAGAGAGCACACAGUGGAUGAGUGGAAAGACAUGAUCUACAAGGAAGUGUACGACUGGGAGGAGUGGAUGAAGAAUGGAGUGAUCAGAGGACAGCCAGCCCCUUUAGGUGCAGCAGUGAUUGACGGCUCCCCUCAGCCCGCCUCCUCCUCCUCCUCAGCCAAUGAUGUGUCCUCCAUGUCCACUGACCCCAGUGACCCUUGCAGUGACCCCAACAUGAUCUCUGACACGGACAGCAGUCUGGACAGCCACACCUCCCUGGGAGCCCUGGGCUGCUGCAGAUAACACACACACACACACUCAUACACAGAGACCCAUGCUCAUCCCCACCCCGACACUUUGUUACCUUACCAUGGUUUAGGGUUUAGGCAACUUUGAAAAUAUGCUUUUAAUGUACAGCUUUUUUACUACCCAACCCCUGCACUGCUGGUCUCCAUGCUGUAAAUGAUUGUGGUUUAUCUUUCUAAUUCUUUCUUGGGUGUGCAUCAGAGUGUGUUGGUUUCCAUGUGAAUUUGUGAUGUGUAGUCUGAGAGAAAGGUUGUUUUAAAGUACAUUCUGCACAUGACUGUGGUGAAACAGCUGCUAAACAGAGUCUAGACUUACUGUUGGUUGUUGUCAGAUUUUUUUAUUCUUUUAUGAAUGACCCUUUCCACUGAACUUUUAACAACACUGUUAUCAUUUUCCCUCUUUCUUGUAGAAAGUUUUUUUAGUCUUGAAAUGCUUCCCUUUUCUGUUGUUUCAGCUAUUAUCUCUGUUGCCCUGGAAAUAUCUUCUUUUUAUUAUAGCAUUUGAAUGAAAAGGGGUAUUUGUUUGUGUAUUUAAUUUAUUACUUCAUGUUGGGUGGUUCAGUCAACAGUGUGAAUGUACAGAACAUGACAUUCUGACUCUUUAACAGAUUACAAUUACUAUUUUGAUUUAAGUGCUCUUACAUCACUGACAUCACUGAUUUCAAUAUAGAACAUCAUUUUUCUCAAUGGAUUCAACACCCCUCUUUAAUAUUCUCUCCCUCCCUUUCCUCCUUCUACUCUCCGGUCUCUCUCACCUGCAUCUUGUAGUUACAGUUCUUGAUUAGGAUAAACUACCUCACACUAAACACAGUACACAUACUAUAUGUCUGAAUAUACAGCACAUAACAGCCCACACCAUCCAGAAGAGAUUUGUAUUUAUUAUGUGUUUGUUUAUUUGACAAUUGAUUGAUUUUAAAAUGUACAAUGCUAGGAGACAGCUAGUGUUGUAUGAAAUGUACAUUUCAUUCAGAAGUAAAAUUUAUAUGCAUUUCUUUUUAUUUUAUUCUCAGAUUAUGUGCAAUAUGAUUUUGUAGAAUGUAGUAUAUAGGUAGUAAGUGGUCCUGCUGUACAUUGUAAAAGUAGAUUUAUGUUCUCUGGGAGUCUGAAAACUGUUUGGUAAUCGCCAUGGCUACCUUUUGAUAGAUUAAGGUGUUUUUGUUGGCUCAGUUCCAAACGUAUCCCUCUGUCCUAUACUCUGGUCCCUAUCUCCCAGUUUGGGAUUGGGUUCCCUUCCCGUUGAACUAUUAUCAGGCUGCUGUAUAGUAGCCUCUGGCGUCAGCUCCCAGAAUGCAAUUCUUGGGAAUGUCACGCAUGGCCUGAAUAAAUUCCGCAAAGAGAUUGACACAGUAUGGAUAAAACAUCUACUGUUCAAACUGUACUGUUUAAACCCUGUCUCUUUGCUUUCUUGGCUGCGUCUAAAACAGGCUAAAAUGGCCUCCUCUCUUUGCUUCCUCUCCUUCUGCACUGAUCAGAAAACAUAGGGACAGAUGAGCUGUUUGGCUUGACGCCAAACCGGUUUUAAUAUAAGUCCAUUUGGUUAGGACAUUGAAGGAGAUGGAACCAGUGAGAUGAGUUGAAUGGCUCGGCCAAACACACUCGGUAAACAGUAGUCCUGGGGGGUAUUCCAGAGAGCAGGUUAUGCAACAUAACUGGGUAAAUUAACCCACCAGCUGAUUUACAAUGUU